GAAUAAAAUAUAUUAGACGUCUUAUGUUGCUGCUUGUUUACACGUAUUCGACGGUUCUGUGUGCUGUCAUGCGCAGUAAUUUCUAGUCGAAAAUUAAAAUUUUUUUUGAUAAGAUAUGAAUGAUGCUCGCGGCAUAAAAUAAUUCUUAAUAAUUGAUUAUAAAUUGAGUUCAGUGAUAAGGAAAGGUGUUAGAUAGCGUAAAUUGAUCAUUGGAUUGUGGAAAUUGUCAAAAAGGCAAAUAAAUAGAGCCAAAUAUUGUGUUAAAAAAGAAUAAAAAAAAAGUGAUAAGAGUGUCAAUAUAAUAAUUUGGUGGAUUUAAGCGAUAAAAUUAUCAUAAGGAAUAUCAAUCAUGGGAAAUAUACACACUGUAGGACCAAAUGAAGCUCUCAUAGUUUCAGGUGGAUGUUGUGGAUCAACACGAAAGCGAACAAUUGUCGGUGGAUGGGCAUGGGCAUGGUGGUUGGUAACAGAUGUUCAAAAGCUUUCCCUCGAAGUGAUGACACUCAAUCCAAUGUGCGAAAUGGUAGAGACAGCACAAGGUGUUGCUCUUACUGUCACUGGUGUCGCUCAAGUUAAAAUCAUGAAGAUGAUGAACGUGUAUUAUUUUCAUCACCAGGCGGACGAACUCUUGGGUACGGCUAGUGAGCAGUUCUUGGGCAAAUCGGUGAAGGAGAUCAAGCAAACAAUCCUACAGACAUUGGAGGGACAUUUGCGCGCUAUCUUAGGAACUCUUACGGUCGAAGAGGUAUACAAAGACCGCGACCAGUUUGCGGCCCUAGUACGCGAGGUUGCCUCACCUGAUGUGGGACGAAUGGGCAUCGAGAUCCUUUCGUUCACGAUUAAAGAUGUUUAUGAUGAUGUACAAUAUUUGCAAUCGCUUGGUAAAGCCCAAACGGCUAGUGUUAAACGUGAUGCCGAUUCCGGUGUUGCAGAAGCAAAUCGAGACGCUGGAAUUCGUGAAGCUGAAUGUGAGCGAGCAGCUAUGGAUGUAAAAUAUGCCACAGACACCAAAAUUGAGGACAAUGCUAGAAUGUUCAAACUUCAAAAGGCCAAUUUCGAUCAGGAAAUCAAUACGGCGAAAGCUGAGUCUGCGCUUGCCUAUGAAUUGCAAGCGGCCAAAAUUCGCCAAAAAAUUCGUAAUGAAGAAAUCCAAAUUGAUGUUGUUGAGCGCAAGAAGCAAAUUGAAAUUGAAUCUCAAGAAAUCAUGAGAAAAGAUUGCGAGUUGACAUCAACAGUCAAAUUACCGGCUGAAGCAGAGAGUUACAAAGUUCAAACAAUUGCUGAAGGUAAACGAACACAAACAUUGGAAGUUGCACGCGCUGAGGCGGAAAAGAUAAGGAAACUUGGAGCUUCUGAGGCUUUGGCUAUUGAACUCGUUGGUAAAGCCGAAGCAGAAAGAAUGAGAAUGAAAGCAGCCGUCUACAAACAAUAUGGUGAUGCUGCUAUCAUGAACAUCGUCCUUGAGGCCUUGCCUAAGAUUGCCGCUGAAGUUGCCGCACCACUCGCUAAAACAGAAGAGAUUGUUCUCAUCGGUGGUAAUGAUAGUACAACAUGUGACAUAACACGUCUCGUAGGUCAACUACCACCAGCUGUUAGUGCAUUGACAGGUGUCGAUUUGUCAAAAGUUUUGGGAAAAAUCCCCGGAGCUAAAGUCCAAAAUUAAUAUGUGGAAGUCCAUCAUGAAGGCGCUUUUGAUUCACUUUAACAACCCGUUUAAAAAAACACAUUAUUAUUCAACUUUAAUUUAUAUUUUUUCUUGUUUUUGUUUGUUUAUUGAGAACUUUUAGUUGAUUUCAUCUUAAGUAAACGAUAUUUUUGGAAUUUAUUUUCAAAUGCAUUCGAUAUUUUGGAAAGGAUAAUGCAUGCGGGGUAAACAAAAUUUAUUAUGCGGAUAAAGAUCUAAAUCUACUUAUUGAUAUUCAACAACAAAUUUAUUAUACAAACGUUAAUAAAUUAACAAAUUUUUUACUCUUUAUUUCCUAUACGUAUUACGUCUACAAAUAUCUACAAAAUAUGUACAAUUUUUAAUCAGAUCGGGUGGAGGAAGGAAAACAUUUAAGGCAUUUACCUAAGAUGAAAAUCUGCUUUUAUUUUUGUUCAGAGUUCACAUUCAUUGGAUAUGAAAAUAAUAUUAUUAUUAUUAUUAUAAUUAAUUAAGAAAUGGAUAAAAAAAGAUAAUGAGAAAUAUUGUACAUCAAAGAUAAUACCUAAAAUUAGGAAAAAUAGUUUUUUACUACUUAGACUACAUUAUCAGAUAUGAUGGAAAUUUUCUGUUGAAAUUUUGAUGAAUGGGAAAUUUUCAAUUUAAUUUUAAUUAAUAAAAUAGAAAAUUUGAAUUUAUUUGCUGUAAUUUGCUUUUAUACAGCUCAUUUCUGGCUUAUGCUUGAUUGAUACUCACCACUAUACUACCGAGGAUAUAAACUGCCAUAAUAUUUUCAGGCGUUUUGCCAAGUUAUGGAUUUUUAUCAGUUAUUAUGUGUCGUUUGAAGCUAGUUUGUGUCAUAUUUGUCACUUACUCUGGCAGAUGAUUGAUUCAGCAAGGUUAAGACAUUUAAAUGUGUUAGAUUCUUGUUACGCUUGGAUUGUUAGGCUAUAGGAUCGAUAAAUACUCCGAUUCUAAGAACAACCUUAGCAAAUGUUAUCAUAUUCAAAAAGAUGAUCGAAAAAACUUUGUUUUGAGUAUUUUUGUUCAUGAAUUGGAGCCAUCGAUCUUAGUCUUACCGAUUAGAAUCUUUAAGUUUACUUAAAACUCAAGAAGAGAUUAUCAGUCAUCUUUUAGGAACAAGAUAUUCAGAAAUCCUUAAUUUUCAGUAAGAUAGAUGUUAAGUUAAUAGAUCUAAACAUUAUUUACGAUCCAAUAAAUUUCCUAUUCACAAAAUUUCAACAAUCUCCUCCUUUUUCUCCGAUCAUGUCUGCAACAAAACUAACAAAAAAAUGAAUAAUGAUAGAAGUAUUUAGAUUAAUAAUGAGAAAUGAAAAUCUUUCUUUCUUUUUUGAGUUACACAACAGAUGGAAAUAACAAUCAAUUUCUACUUUUUAUUUUAUUUUACAAUAAAAAAAUCGUCUCUUUUUAAAUGAAAGAAACAUUUUCAUCCGAAACGACCAUAGCCAAUAGUCGAUUAAAACAAAUUACCGAAACGAACAUUUUCACUUACAUGCACUUACAAUUUUAUUUUUUAAAAAUUUCUAAUAUUUAAUAAGGAAAUUUGUUUAUACAAAGAACCGUUAAUGAAAAUAAAUCGAUGAAAAUUU